GACACCAGAGGACAAGCAGGAAGACUCCUCCAGGCCCACUCUGACUACGUUCACACUCUCCAAAAUGGUGUCCCACAAGGUUGUGGCUGCCCUGCUGGUGGUACACACAGCUGCCAUGCUGGCCUCCCAGACAGAAGCCUUCGUCCCCAUCUUCACCUAUGGUGAACUCCAGAGGAUGCAGGAAAAAGAACGGAAUAAAGGGCAAAAGAAAUCCCUGAGUGUCUGGCAGAGGUCUGAGGAGCCAAGUGCUGUAGAGCUCAUGGAACCUACUGAGGAAGAAGGAAAUGAAGUGAUCACGCUGACUGCUCCUGUGGAAAUUGGAAUGAGGAUGAACUCCAGGCAGCUGGAAAAGUACCGGGCUGCCCUGGAAGGGUUGCUGACAGCCAAGUGACAGCCCCACUCUGCAGAGAUGGACAGAUCUGGGAGCCCCUUCCCACCUGACUGAGGCUCUAGAAAUUUGCACUGCCCACCAGCUGGGCGUGGAAGGAAAACACCCUUUCCAAAGCACAUUCCCCUCUAGGAAAUAAAGCAUGAAAUAUACAG